AUGGCCGCGCGGCCACGGCCACGGCCGGCUCACACACAGGGAACGACGCGCUGCGCCUACACGACCGACGGCUCGCGCCUCGUCACCGUCGGCUCCAACAACACGAUCCGCCUGUACAAGACGGGCUCCGAUGGUGAGCCCAUCAACAUCGACGACUGCCAGGAGCAAAAUGUCGCCAUGGCUGCCGGCGAUGAGUUCUUCGUCGUCGGCUCCGAGGACGGCACCGUGAGCCUCUACUCACUCGCCACGGCCAAUUUUGAGCGUUUCCUGCUGCGGACCUCGCUGCCCAUCCGAGACGUCGCGCUGUCCGCCGACGGCAGGUGGUGCGCCGUGGCAAGCGACGAGCUGAGCGUCAAGAUAGUCAACACGAGCGACAUCACGCAGGUGAAGACGCUGCGCGAGCACAACCGCGCCGCCAGACACGUCAGCUUCGAUCCCAAGGGCGCCCUCGCGACCGUAUCUUGCACCGACGGCAUCAUCUACGUCUACUCUCUGACCGCGGACGAGCCCGAGCUGAUACGCAAGGUGGACGGCGUCAUCGGUGCCAUAGACGCCGAGUCCGAGGUGUCCACCAGAGCCAUAUGGCAUCCUGACGGGAGGGCCUUUGCCGUGCCCACGCCGACCAAGGACAUUCAGGUCAUCUCCAAGAACGACUGGGAGAAGCAGCGGCGCUUCGCUGACGGCCACCUGGCCGACGUCACAUCCAUCGCAUGGUCCCCCAAUGGCGCCAUGCUGGCCACGGCGGGCAAGGACGGCAAGGUUCUCGUCUGGGAAACCAAAUCUCAGAGCGUUAUUCAGCGAUACGACUACUCCAACGUCCUCGACUUGGCGUGGCAUCCCACGAGCAACAUUUUCUCGUUCACAACCUCGGACGGAGAGGUUUACAUAUACCCCGACUUCCUGUCCGACCAGUUCUCACCCAUGCUCAAGCUAUCCAAGCAGCCGGCGCCAUUCAUCCAUGACCCGCUGUCUGAAAUCUCUGGCAACAGAAGGCCCGUUCCGCAGAAUGGUUCAAAAGACCCAGGAUUGCCAUCUCGACCGCGACGUGAGUCACUGGGGAGCCUUGACUCCUUCCUGGGUGAGCAAGGCUAUGAGGAUGAGGACGAUUUCGUCGUUGAUGACGACGGUGCCGGGUACACGACGGGUGCCAAGCGUGGCCGUGAGGAAGACGAAGAGCUCUUUGGGGAGCACUCGAGCAAGCGCAUGCAUCUCAUGAAACCGCGACAUCAUGAAGCGUUCCAGCCUGGGUCGACACCGUGGCGUGGAAACCGCAAGUACCUAUGUCUGAACCUGAUCGGCUUCGUCUGGACCGUCGACCAAGACGCUCACCACACCGUCACCGUCGAGUUCUAUGACCACGAAUUUCAGCGCGAUUUCCAUUUCACAGACACCUUCCUCUACGAUAAGGCAUGCCUCAACGAGCACGGCACACUGUUCUCCAACCCGCCAAAGGACGACAGCCCGGCCUACCUGUUCUACCGUCCUCACGAGAGCUGGACUCAGCGUUCCGACUGGAGGACAGAACUUCCCAAGGGCGAGGCUGUGACGGCAAUGUCUCUGAGCGAGUCCUUUGUGACUGUCACCACGAGCGCCAACUACGUACGAGUCUUCACACUGUUCGGCAUGCCGUAUCGGGUGUACCGCCCAAAGAGCGCGCCCAUGGUGACGUGCGCCAGCUUCAGGGACUACGUCCUCACAGUCGGCAACGGGCCCGUCGGCGCGGAUGGCAUUACACGCCUCUUGUACAGCAUUGAGAAUGUCAAGCGCGACGAGAUUUGCCAAAACGAGGACACGGUGGCGCUUCCAGAGGGGGCGACGCUCAAGAGCGUCUUCUUCUCUGACCAAGGAGAUCCCUGCAUAUAUGACUCGACAGGCACAUUACUGACGCUACUUCAUUGGCGGCAGCCAUCUCGGGCAGUAUGGGUGCCAUUGCUGGACACAAAGCUGUUGCCACGUCUCGCGUCAGGGCGAAAGCUCGAGACGUACUUCCCCAUAGCUGUUGCUGACGGCAAAUUUCACUGCAUCAUCCUCAAGGGUGGAGACCAGUACCCCUACUUCCCGCGGCCGCUGCUCUCCGAGUUUGAGUUCUCCGUCCCGCUGGGAUCUCUGCCAAAGCAAAAGACGCGCAAGGAAGGCGAGGACGCAGACGGAGACGACGACCGCAUGAGAGACGACGGCGACGAGAGCGGCGACGAGGACGAGGGUGAGAAGGAGAGGAAGCGGCUCGAGCAGGAGUUCAUGCUCAAGGACGUACUGGCCGCGCAAGUGCGGGACCGCGUCGAGGCCACGGCGGGCAGCCACAGCCAACGGUCGCUGCUCUCGCGCGUCGAGCUCGAGAUCGACAAGACGCUGCUGCAGCUACUGGCGGUGGAGUGUCGCGAGGGCGAGGACAGGGGCAUGCGGGCGCUCGAGAUGGUGGGACUGAUGCGCGACAGGACGGGCCGCAUGAUGGAGGCGGCCGGCAAGGUGGCCGAGCGGUACGGGCGAUCGGUGCUGGGCGACAAGAUUCGCGAGCUGGGCGAGAAGAGGGUCGCCGGGAUGGACGACGACGACUUCUAG